GGCAGGAAAUUUAGUGACGUGUGCGAAUUAUAAUCAUUUGUGGCUAAAUAAAAGUUUCUGUAUUUUUAUUGCUAGGCAAAUUUUAUGUAAAAUGUCGAUUCAUGAAGAAAUGAAGUUUUUUGUCCGACUUGAAGGAGCAAACAAUUUGAAUAAUAUGGUUAAAAAAUUUGAGGAUAAUCGUUGGAUACUAAGACCCUUAUUACCCAAUUUCUCGCACAAGGAUAAGUUUCCUCAUAUAGCUAUUAAUUAUGUUCCUUACGAAUUGGGAUAUGUACUUUUAUAUCAUCUAGAGGAUGAGUUAGGAUCUUCAGAAUUCGAAUCAUUUCUUCAAUCUUAUUUUAAUAAAUUUGCAUUCAAAAGUAUAAACACUGAAGAUUGGAAAAACUACUUAUGUGAAUAUUUUUCUAACAAAAAGAAGGUGUUAGAUCAUUUUACAUGGUGGACGUGGUUCAAUGUUAGACCUGCUUUUAUGAUCCGGAACUUGCCGGAAAUGACUGCAUGGCACAGAGAGUGUCGCGAGUUAGCGGACGAAUGGGUCCAAUUUAACGAAACUUCUAAUCUUUCUAUCUUAAUGGAACGAAGGAGUCUUUGUGACGUUCAGAAAAUAUUAUUAUUAAGCAAUCUACAUACUUUUCAUACUUCGGGUUUGACCGAGGAAAAAUUGAAAUUAAUUUCAGAUUUUUAUAUUUUCGAUAAUGACAGUGGUCAAGUACGGUUUAGUUGGCUGUUAUUGUGCAUUAAAGCUCGAUGGUUUGAGAAAGUUACAACAGCUUUAGAUUUUGCUAUUGAAUUUUGUUCGCCGAAUAUUGCAUGUCCUAUAUUUGAACGUUUGUACGAAUGGAUAGAAAUACGUUCGAGAGUGAUCGAAACGUACAAUCGUCAUAAAGGAAAGAUGUUGCAUGAAACCCAGAUGAAGUUAGAUAAAAUUCUGCACCUAAAGUGAUAUGU